UGUUGAAGCUGUUGGACCUCAGGCUGCAGAUUGGAGGAACAGCUGACAGACCCUCUGAGGACCCCUGAACAACAGACUGAACCUGUUCCCUGACUCAGACAGAUGUGUCUCCUGAGCCUCCUCAGGUCAGCAUCAGCUUACAUCAGUCUCUGAUGGAGGCGUGUAAACUGAUCCAACUGGGAAAAGAAAAGUGAGAGUGGACCAGAACCUCUGCACAGCUCCACUCUGAGUCCUUCGUGGUUCUGGACCGGUUCUGGACUGGUUCUGUGUGUUAAAGGUGUGGGCUGAGUCGUCCUCUGACUGUAAUGUGGACCCCGGCUGUGGAUCUGUACCUUGGACUGGUUCUGGUUCUGUCUCAGCUGCUUGGACCAGGUGGUUCUGUGAAGGUGUUGUGUCGGCCCAGUCGGAGCGUUUCUUUGCCCUGCUCCUAUCACUAUGAGGACCGGACCAACGUGUCCCAGCUCUCGGUGCAGUGGAGGAGUCCUCACAACGAGCUGCUGUGUCACUACAUCAAACACAAAUCCUUCCAGAACUGCAGCGCCGGGUACACCAUCCGGUACCGACCUGGAUCCAUCCAGCUCCUGGUCCUYCAGGUCCGGACCCGGGACAUCGGCACGCACAUCUGUUCUGUCAGCAAACGCCACGACUUCUCUGAUUUCAGGGUGGAGCUGGCUGUGGAGGCAGACUCCACAACUUCAACACCUGUGGGCGGAGCCAAUCACUCAGGUGUGUAUCAGUCCCAUCAUUAUCAGAUAUAAAGACUUAUAAUUAACUUAUAAACAGUAAUUAUUAUAAAUUUUAUCAUAUAGGUAUUACUCUAAACAUUA